AUGCUUCAAGAAGAGAGGGAGUUCGAAGAACGUCAGGCAGAGCGACGCAGACGGGAAGAGCAAAAAGAAGCAGAACGUAGAAAGGUAGCUGAACAAGAAGAAGCAGCAAAACACAAGGAAUUCCUGACCAAGAAGUACAAAAUUCUUGAGAACUUAGCUGGUGAAAACGGAUCUAGUCGCUGUUCAAUCUCUGCCAGCUCACAAAACCGGGUGAUUGAAUGGGUUGAAAAUGCUAAUCGUUCGCACAUGCUGGCCGUGCAUACAUCGUCGAAGCCGUCUGCAACGAAUGAUGCCCAACAACCUCUUCAAGAGAAACGCGAUCAACAGUUCCAGCAUCAACAGCUUUUGCAACAACAACAAAAACUGCUGCAGAGAGAAGAAGAAUUUCGUCAGUACCAACAACGACAAGAAAAUCUUAUGCGAGAGCAGCAGCAACAGUUACAGGAGGAAAAAGAUCGAUUCAAUCUCUUGUGGGAGCAGCAGUUACAACGGGAAAAACGAAUGCGUGAACAACUGGUAAAUCCUACUCUAGCAGAGAAUUUGACGCCGUCUAAACAACUUCCUGCAUUGCAAAAUAAUCCUCUUCAAACAGUCGCUAUAUUAGAAAAACCUCACGAUUCACUGCGCGAGCAGUCAGCUCACUUCAGCCCAGAUACUCUGCCUCAAUCGACGCAUAUACAAUCGGAAGCAGGUCACCCGAACAGAUCAGCUGCAAAUCUGAGUAGAUCCAAUCCUGGUACACUGCUUUCCACACGCGUCCAGAGAUCGCGUAUGAAUUCCACGGUAAUGGAAGAAGACGACGAUCAGUUUCAGCUUUCUCGUUCCCAAGUUGCAGCACGGCAAGCAGUUUCAAAGGACCUGCCUGCAUUUUCCGGCAACCCAGAAGAAUGGCCGAUAUUUUUGUCCAUGUUCGACAGUACAACCAAUAUGUGUGGUUUUACGGAAGAAGAGAAUUUGGUGCGGCUACAAAAGAGUCUGCACGGGAAGGCUUACGAGGCCGUGAAGUGCAGACUUAUGCAUCCCGGCAAUGUAAAAGGAGUUAUGGAUACACUUAGGAUGCUAUACGGUCAACCAGAAGUAAUUGUGCACUCGCUUAUUGGGAAAAUAAGCUCGCUACCAGUAGUUCGAGAAGAUCGACUUGAGACUUUAGUUGAUUUCGCGGUGAUCGUACAGAACUUUUGCGCCACAGUUGUGUCCUGCGGUUUGGAGGAGUAUACUUAUAACAUCACAUUACUACAUCAACUCGUCAGCAAACUGCCAACAUCAAUCAAGCUUAGCUGGGCUAAACACAGAAAAACGCUUCUAACAGUUAACCUGAUGACUUUCAGUGAAUGGGUCUACAACCUGGCAGAAGAAGCAAGUUCGGUUUCAUUUCCUGAUGUUUCCUUUGAAAUAAAACCUUGUAAUGACACUCGUCGUAGCAAAAGAGGAGAUAGUUUUCUCAAUACGCAUUCAGAGAUGACAGCCCCACAUGAUAAGCAACCGCAUCCUCCCGCAAAAGCGGCAGUAUAUUUUACAGCGACAGCAACGAAGGACGUGUGCCUGGUGUGCAAAGGAAGCUGUAAAUCCAUAGACAAGUGCACACGAUUCUUAGAAUUCUCCAGGGACUCCAGAUGGGCGGUAGUCAGAGAGUUUGGACUUUGUCGCACAUGCCUUCGGCAACACAAAGGAAGCUGCAAGGCCAACCCAUGCGGCAAAAGCGGGUGUACAUACAGACAUCACGAACUACUACACAACGACCAAAAAGAGUGGAGCCCAACUCCAAGCGGAAACCAACCAUCGUUUCAGCCUGAAGGUAGCGAACCUGGCCAUGGGUGCAAUACACACCAGACGACAUCAAGUUCCGUGCUAUUUCGCUAUAUCCCUGUAGUGCUAUCGAGACUUGGCAAGGAGAUACACACUUUCGCCUUUUUGGAUGAAGGCUCUGCGUUGACACUACUUGAUCAAGGACUGGCGAAUGAACUGCAGCUGAAUGGAAUCUCGAGUCCAUUAUGCCUACGCUGGACUGGGGGAACCCAACGCCACGAGAAAGACUCCCGAAUCGUAAAGCUUGAAAUUGCUGCAGAGCAUCACGAAGCCAAGAAGUUCCUUUUAGAGGAUGUGCGGACGGUGAAUGACCUGAUGCUGCCGCUUCAGACGUUGCACGCUGAAGAACUAAAACGCUUGUAUCCUCAUCUCAAAGGCCUACCGAUUGAAUCGUAUUACAAUGCUCGCCCCCGCAUCUUAAUCGGAAUGAAGCACGCUCAACUGGGACUGACAUUGAAAAGCCGUGAGGGAGAGAUGGGUCAGCCGAUUGCGAUGAAGACACGACUAGGGUGGACUGUCUGCGGAGGAUUGCAUGCCGGAGAGACACCCAAUAUGUUCCAUUAUACAUUACACGUGCGAGCCUGCAAUGAAGAUACCGAUGAAGAUCUACAUAAAGCGAUGAAGGAGUAUUUUUCACUUGACAGUCUUGGCGUCAUGAAACCAACAAAGGUACUUCUAGCCCCUGAAGAUGAGCGAGCCCAGUCGCUUUUAUUGUCCCGCACGCGCUUUAAUGGUGAACGGUAUGAGACAGGUUUGCUCUGGCGCUAUAACGAUGUACGUCUACCCAAUAACAGGGAAAUGGCGCUACGUCGUCACGAGUUGUUGGAAAAGCGCAUGGCGAAAGACAAACAACUGGCAGAAGUACUGCAGCAGAAAAUAGCGGAUUACCUGGCAAAAGGAUAUAUUCGCAAGCUUGUCGACGGCGAAGUAAAGUGGCAACCCUCAUGGUUCCUUCCAAUAUUCCCAGUCACUAACCCGAACAAACCCGGGAAAGUCAGGAUAGUGUGGGACGCGGCUGCCAAAGUUUAUGGAAAGUCUCUGAAUUCUGCCCUUUUAAAAGGACCGGAUUUGCUCUCUCCGCUAUUCGCGGUUCUUUUACGAUUUCGCUUACAUUCUGUUGCAGUUACUGGAGAUAUUCGGGAGAUGUAUCAUCAGGUGUUAAUUCGCGAAGACGAUCAACGAUACCAAUGCUUCUUUUGGACGGAUGAAAACGGAAAUCUCGCAGUGUACACAAUGAAAGUCAUGACUUUUGGGGCCUGUUGCUCUCCCAGUAGCGCUCAAUACGUGAAAAAUAUCAACGCGGAGCGGUUCAAGAAUGUAUAUCCCGAAGCAUACGAAGCCAUUACCAAGCUACACUACGUAGAUGACAUGCUGAUUAGCGUGGUCUCCGAGGAAGAUGCCGUACGGAUUGCGAACGAUGUCAAAUAUGUACACGCGCAGGGCGGGUUCGAAAUGCGGAACUGGAUCAGCAAUUCCAGACGAGUCACAUUAGCGUUGCAAGAAGUGAAUACGGAGGAAAAAAGUCUUGACAUAUCAGCUGAGUUAUCCACUGAGAAGGUAUUGGGUAUGUGGUGGAAUACGACGUCCGACACAUUCACCUAUAAGGUCGGCUGGAAUCGGUAUGAUGAAGCUUUGCUAAAAGGCAAGCGACGCCCCACUAAACGCGAAGUGUUGCGAGUUCUCAUGACCAUAUUCGACCCCCUCGGAUUCCUAGCCCACUUCCUAGCCUAUCUAAAAAUAUUGCUACAGGAUAUUUGGCGAUCUGCUAUCAGUUGGGAUGAGGAAAUAGGCGAUGCAGCAUUCGCUGACUGGGUCACCUGGCUUCAAGUAUUGCCCAAUGUCGAAAAAGUGCAAAUCGCCCGAUGCUACAAUACCAGAUAUUCAUUCGGCGAAACUGAUGAGGUGCAACUACACACCUUUGUAGAUGCCAGUAAAAAUGGAAUGGCAGCUGUAUGCUUUCUUCGUUUCGUCAAGAACGGUAUACACCACUGUUCUCUUGUUACUUCUAAAACCAGAGUAGCGCCGCUAAAACUCACCUCGAUUCCUCGUCUGGAGUUGCAAGCAGCUGUAAUAGGGACAAGGCUAGGUCAUACAAUUAUCGAGACGCUGCCAGUCAAAAUUACGAAGAAAUUCUUCUGGACAGAUUCAAGAGACGUUUUGUGUUGGCUCAACUCCGAUCAUCGGCGGUACACUCAGUUCGUUGGGUUUAGAGUUACUGAGAUUCUAGAAGCUACGGAAGUGCACGAAUGGCGGUACGUACCAAGCAAACUAAACGUAGCUGAUGAUGGAACAAAAUGGGACUCACGUCCUGAUCUAUCCCCGCAAAUGAUACCACUGACGCUGAACUGGUAG